UCUCCAGUUUGUACGCAACGGGCUCGCACUACUUCGAGCGUGGUUGAAACGUGGUCGUACGAGGGACGAAAAUGAGAGUCGGCUGUUGCGCAACACUAAUCUUUUAUUUUUCUUCUUGACUUUUGUUGACUUUGAGACUUGAGAUGAUUAUGUGUAUUUAUUUGAGUCAUCCGUGGUUAAUGCUCGACUUUGCCGAUUUCCGAUCUAUCUUGCUGGGCAGAAAUGGGUCAGAAUCUUGAAGGACUGAAUUUGAUGAUGCAGAGUAAUUUUCAGCAAAGAGAUGGGUCAAGCUUCACGGAAGACGUUCAACCAAGCGGUGCAAGUCAAUAUCAAAAUACUCUACAAGUUAAUCAAGUGCCGAUAAUUCAGAAUCCUAGAGAACAGGAUUGGACAUGGCAGAGUAAUUCGCUGCCAAAUGCUGUUCCAAUCUUCAUAGAAGGCCCUCAAUUAGGCGGUGUGAGUCUAUAUCAAAAUACUCUGCAAGUGCCGAUAAUUCAGAAUCUUGGAGGACAGGAUUGGACGUGGCAGAGUAAUUUGCAGCCAAGACAUGCACACGCCACGAAUAUGGAGCCAAUUUUAGUCGUUACAGGUGGGACUAAUAGUCUUGGAGCAGACAUUAUGGAAGAGCAGUCUGACAAGAAAACCACGGAUAAAACAGAUUUGUCACAGUCGAAAAGUGCUAUCAGAUCUAGAGGGUAUCGGGCAAAGAAACAGAAACUAGAGGAAACGAACAAAGUUGAGAUCGAUAGGCUUCGCAAAUUAAAUGAUGGGCAUAAAAAAUUCGAGGAAGAGAAAAACGUCGAGAUUGAAAGGCUCCGUAAAGAAAAUGAUGCCUAUAAAAAACUCGAGGAAGAGAAUAAGGUCAAGAUUGAGAAGCUUUGUAAAGAAAUUGAUGCAUAUAAAAAAAUUGAGGAAGAGAACAAGGUCGAAAUCGAAAGGCUUCUUGAAGAAAAUGCUACAUAUAAAGUUUCAAAAAUAGCUCGACUACCUGAACCAACUGAUCAACGUGUCCAUUGCACUCGUCAACUAAUGAAAAACAUGGAAGAGGAACAACGGAGUCAAUUGGAUAGGAUCAAAAAAGCUCAGGAGGAGAUGAAAGACCAAUUAGCAAAAAUGAUAGAGUUGAUGAUGAAUUUCAGCAAAGGGAAAAGAGCAGUUGGAGAUUUAGCCCCAGUAGAAAACCAAAGCAUUGAUAAUUUGAGAAACGAUCAACCUUGUCUCCCAAGAUAUGCUUCAUCCCAUGCGCAGACCUCUCAAAGGGUUUACCCGCAAAUGGCACCACUGGUUGGAGGAUUUCCUUAUGCUUACUACAACUUUUCACCUUCACUAGGUCCUCAGCAAGUCCAAGGGCAAUUUGGAUUAAACUUAGGGAUGAAUUUUACUAAAUCAGUACUAGUCCCUGACGUAGAUGAUUUAAAAGAGCAAGAGAGGUUGAAGAAAAAUUCAUUAGAGAUAAUAGAAAAUGACAAUGUUAAGAAGAAGAAUGAUUUGUUGGAGGAGCGCCUUUGUGCUGUCGAAAGAGUGGAUAGAUUCGGAACUAUGGAUGCAACUGAGUUAUGCUCGGUACCCGAUGUGAAUUUAGUGGAAGAGAUGAAGAGGCCUCGCAAAGAAAUUAAUACAUAUCAAGUCGAGUUGGGGUGGUUGCGAAAAAAACGUGAAGAAUGCAAAGGGAAAGAGUAUCGACGCAGAACAAUUAAAACCUUGGAAAGUCUUCUCGUCCAAAACAGUUGUAUCUUGAUAAUACGGGAGAAUACUUCAUCUUUAGAAGCAAAACCCAAAAUGCUUACAGCUCAAUGUAUGCUCAAAGCUCACAACGAGGGGGUAAAGAUUCCGCUUCAAAAUAUGGUGGUCAAAAUUGAGGACAAUGCCUUGUACAUCAACUCUAAAAAGCCAGACAUGAAUUAAUGGAGACAUUUGAAUUUGUUGUUACUUCAACUUUUGUUUAUCUUCAAAAUCUCUUUACUGAGUUUAAGUUUUGUGUACUAAUUAAAGGCCAAAACUAUGGCUUGAUUUGGUGAUGUUAUCAUUGCUUAAAACAAGGAUUUUAAAAGUUAUAACUUUUA